AUGUCGACAGUGUGUGCAAACGGAGAACAACCUGGAACGCGUGCGCAAAGUAACUCUGUCAUUCUUCGAGAAGUCACACAAGAAAUUAAUUCGACGCUCGUUGAAUCUGUAUUUCCAAACAUUUUUCACGAGAAUCUGUUUGAUAUUGCUUACAAAAUGGGAGAGUUAGUUCGAAUCGCCUACAUUGAUGGUAAACUUGCUGGUUUCCUUAUUUGUGAAUUGGAAAACGGAGUGGUGUACAUAUCGUUGAUUGGAGUUCGAGUCGAAUACAGAAGACAAGGAGUCGGUUCAGCACUCAUUCAAUACGCGAUUUCAUUCGUCAGAGCCUUGAAGAAAGAUAUUCAAUUGCAUGUAGAAGUCGGCAAUACCACUGCCCAGCAGUUUUACAAACAACACGGUUUUAUUGAAACUGAGAGAGACGACACCUACUACGACGAUCCACCAAGAGCGGCUUUCGUUUAUACGAAGAAAUUUAAUGAAUAA